UCUGCAGCCUCACUUCAACACCUUUCACCUACUCCCGUUGCUCCCCAUUAAUGUAUCGAAUCAAAAGCACUUCCUUCUCAUCGAGGGGGAGAGAGAGCCAAGAACAGCAGCCCGGAACCCAACAAAAAUUUAAGAGGGAGGAGCUAAAAAAAACAAUCUUUACCGAUACCACCACUACCACUCCGCAUCCAAAUCUUCCUGCCGGAAGCAACCAUGGCAUACAGCGUUUCUUCUUCUCUUCCUUUCUUUCCCUUUUAGCCGUUUGUGCCCCCGCGUAUUAGGUGUCAUCCUUGGUAGAGUGAGAGAGGAGGAGGAGAGAGAAGAGAGGCAUAGCCCGUUGGCCGUACCCAUGGUGAUCCCCGUGCUGACCAUCGUGGCCAUGGCCUAGGGGAGGAAGCGGCCAAGAAACCUAGCAGGCUUUGUCACCGAGGAGGAUCAGGAACGAAAGUGGGGAGGGGGAACCAGUGUGGGGCCAAGAAUGGCGGCGCUGGCCGCCGCAUUGGCAGCCGGCUUUCUUCUUGCCUUCGCAGCGGCGCCGGCGGGAGCCAACACCGACUCCGCCGACGCUGCAGCGCUGGGGAAUCUCUACACCUCGUGGAACAGCCCUUCGCAGCUGGCCGGCUGGUCAGCCGGCGGCGACCCCUGCGGCGCGGCGUGGCAGGGCGUCACCUGCUCCGGCGCCGGCGUCACCGAAAUCAAGCUUCCUGGGACUGGGCUGGGUGGUUCUCUGGGAUACGAACUCUCCAACCUAUUUUCAUUGAAGACAUUGGAUUUGAGCGAUAACAACUUGCAUGGUUCAAUCCCUUACCAGUUGCCACCGAAUGUCACAUAUCUGAAUCUGGCAAACAACAAUUUCUCUGGCAACCUUCCAUACUCUAUAUCAAACAUGGCUUCAAUUGAGUACCUUAAUCUCAGCCACAACUCACUGUCUCAACAAAUGGGUGAUCUAUUUGGAAGUCUCAAUUCACUUUCAGAGUUAGAUGUGUCUUUCAACAAAUUGACAGGGGAUCUUCCCAAUUCUCUUGGUUCUUUAUCAAAUCUUUCGAGUCUUUAUAUGCAAAACAAUCAGUUAACAGGUUCUGUCAAUGUUCUCAGUGGCCUAAGCCUUACUACAUUAAACAUUGCAAACAACAAUUUCAUUGGUUGGAUACCAAAAGAAUUCAGCUCCAUUCCAGAUCUAAUACUUGGAGGAAACUCAUUUGCCAAUGGACCUGCUCCCCCGCCACCACCUUUUAUGCCACCACCCCCUCAAAGGCCACGUAAUCGUAAGCAUCCUCAGGUACAAGGAGAUGCUCCAAAAGGCUCUGAGAGUACCACCGGUCAAAGUGAUAAGAAAGGUCUUGGGACAGGUCCGCUUGUGGGGAUAAUUGUUGGCUCAAUUGUUGCUGUCUUAUGUGUGCUUUUGCUUUUGGUAUGCUGCAUGCGUAAUGUUCGGAAAAGAAAGGAUGAUGCCAGCAGAGACUCAAAAGAUUUUGUAGGUCCUCUAACAGUAAACAUUGAGAGAGCUUCUAGCAGGGAAAUCCCAGAGCAAAGUCUUGAAAAUACCUCUAUAGCAACUGUGAAAUUGCCACCUGCUGAGAAAAUGACUCCUGAGAGGGUUUACGGUAAAAAUGGUUCGAUAAAAAGGACAAAGGUCCCCAUAACUGCAACACCUUAUACUGUUGCUUCUCUCCAAGUCGCUACUAAUAGCUUCUGUCAAGAUUCCCUUCUAGGCGAGGGUUCACUUGGUCGUGUUUACAAGACUGAUUUCCCAAAUGGAAAGGUUCUUGCAGUUAAGAAGAUAGACAGUGCUGCACUUUCGUUACAGGAAGAAGACAACUUUCUUGAGGCUGUAUCAAGCAUGUCGCGACUAAGGCAUCCAAACAUUGUGCCACUAACAGGAUAUUGUGUUGAACAUGGGCAAAGGCUUCUUGUUUAUGAGUACAUUGGAAAUGGAACGCUGCAUGAUAUGUUGCACUUCUCUGAUGAGAUGAGCAGGAAGCUUACAUGGAACAUCCGCGUAAGGAUAGCACUAGGCACUGCUCGGGCAUUGGAAUACCUGCAUGAGGUGUGCUUGCCAUCUGUUGUUCAUAGAAACUUUAAGUCUUCGAACAUCCUACUAGACGAGGAGCAUAACCCACACCUAUCUGACUGUGGACUUGCUGCCUUGACACCCAAUACUGAAAGACAGGUUUCGACUGAAGUAGUUGGUUCAUUUGGAUACAGUGCCCCAGAGUUUGCCAUGUCUGGAAUUUAUACUGUAAAGAGUGAUGUGUACAGUUUUGGAGUAGUGAUGUUAGAGCUAUUGACAGGGCGGAAGCCGCUAGACAGUUCUAGAGAGUGGUCAGAACAGUCUCUUGUUAGAUGGGCUACUCCUCAGCUUCAUGAUAUUGAUGCACUUGCUAAGAUGGUUGAUCCAGCAUUAAAUGGAAUGUACCCAGCUAAAUCUCUCUCCCGUUUUGCAGACAUAAUUGCACUAUGCGUUCAGCCCGAGUCAGAGUUUCGUCCACCUAUGUCAGAGGUUGUCCAGCAACUUGUGCGCCUGAUGCAGAGAGCUAGCAUAGUAAAGCGGCAAUCAGGAGAAGAACUAGGGUUUUCAUACAGAGCCCCAGAACGCGAAGGAGACCUGAGAGACAUUCCCUUCUAAGCAAAUCCUUCCAUGAUACAAGCACAAAGCAGCUUGGAGGCUCGAUGUGCAAGGGCAAGAUCUGGAAUACACAUGAAUUGGAGAACUUGAGAUGAUCACGACAACUCAGGAUCGAAUGAAUUUGAGAAGAUAAUUUUGGUACUUAUUGUUCAACUUUAUUCAUUCGUCUACAUUCCUUGUCUUCCAGUCGGUAUCCAUACUGCUGGAUCUAAACUGAGGCUCAAAUCAA